CGGUAAAAUUCUACCCCUCUUCUCUCUUUAACACCCACGCACAUAGGCAACUGCACGAUACUGUGCUUCAUAUGGUUUCGCUUUAGCUAUAUGGCAUAUUAUACUUUUCUAUUGUGUAAAAGAUUUUCGAGGAUUUUGUCCAUGUCAAUUUGUUUUCUGAGUCCUGCUUUUGUGUAUUUUCGUCUCAAUUUCGCGAGUUUGCUUGAGCCCAUUGUGUGAUUGGCAUGCAAUUUAGGGUGUGGGAGGCUUUUUCUGUUAAUAUUUUUACUAGAAUUGAAAGAACUGCUGGUGAAAUUUUCUGGUGUUACUUGGAUGGGGAAGGGUUCGAAGAGCGGGGCAUGCAAGUCCUCAUCGCACCAGCUCUUCAAGGACAGAGCGAAGAAUCGUGUGGAUGAUCUACAGGGGGUCUUUAGCGAUCUCCAAUCAGCUAGGAAGGAGAGCCGGUCAAUUGAUGUGGCUGUGCUUGAAGAGCAAGUUCACCAGAUGCUUCGCGAGUGGAAAUCUGAACUUAAUGAGCCCUCCCCAGCUUCUUCUCUGCAGCAGGGGGGAAGCCUUGGUUUUUCUUCAGAGAUUUGUCGGCUGCUGCAGCUUUGUGAGGAGGAAGAUGACGCAACCAGUGCAUUAGCUGCGCCGAAACCAGAUCCGGAUGCGCAGAAGGUUGUGGGUGGAUAUACUUCUCAAGAGAAUUUUGAUGCUCCCAAGGGUCCCCAGGAUCAAGGCUUCCAGUUGGUGGAGCAAUGCAAAAAUGCUGCCAUGGGAGUUAACAUGGAAAUGAAUAAUAUGAAUGUGCCUGCACAGCUAGAUUAUCAUUCAUUUGAUUUCCAUCAGGAUUUCGAACAGCCGUAUUUAAUAGGCUUUGAUGGCACGGGGUUCAUUGGUGAGGAUGUUAUGCCUCAGAUGUCUGGGUAUCAACCAAAUAUCAGCCCCCCACCUUCUGCUUUCUUGGGGCCAAAAUGUGCCCUUUGGGACUGUACUAGACCAGCGUUGGGGUUAGACUGGUGUCAAAAGUCUGAUGACUAUUGCAGUAUCUAUCAUGCUGGGCUUGCACCUAGUGAAGGCUAUCUUGGUAGGCCUCCUGUUGUACGACCGAGAGGCAUUGGCUUAAAGGAUAAUUUACUUUUUGCUGCUCUUGGUGCAAAGGCACAAGGAAAAGAUGUAGGCAUUCCUGAAUGUGAGGGUGCUGCUACAACAAAAUCACCUUGGAAUGCACCUGAGCUCUUUGAUCUCACUGUUCUCGAUGGCGAAACAAUUAGGGAGUGGCUGUUUUUUGAUAAGCCACGCAGAGCCUUUGAGAGUGGUAACAGGAAGCAGCGGUCACUUCCAGAUUAUAAUGGGAGGGGUUGGCAUGAGUCCCGGAAACAAGUGAUGAAUGAAUUUGGAGGGUUGAAGAGAUCCUACUACAUGGAUCCUCAGCCGAUGGAGAAUUUUGAGUGGCACCUUUAUGAAUACGAGAUCAACAAGUAUGAUGCAUGUGCAUUAUACAGACUGGAAGUGAAGCGUGUUGAUGGCAAGAAGAGUCCAAAAGGGAAGUUAGGCAAUGAUUCUGUUGCUGAUCUGCAAAAGCAGAUGGGUAGGCUGAGUGCUGAGUUCCCAAACGAGAAGCAGCGCGUUGUCAAAGGAAGGGGAAAGAGCAAUUUGAAGGAGGGAAGUGGAAGAAUUUACUCUGGUUCGAAUACAUUGGCUGCAAGUCCAGGUGAAGGGCUUGAUUAUACAAGAGGCGCACCAUAUGAUUAUCUUGUGGAAGAUAUCAAUGGGUACUACAUAACAUGAUGGUUAUGGGAAAAGAAAAGAGGCUUUUUAUCCAAGUAUAUAUAUAAAAUUGCUCCUUGAUUUCACUCGGCCUCCAGGCAAGUGGUGAAGUUGUUCUCUUUUUUGCUUUUUUUUUUUUCAUAUUUUUUUUCCCUAGCUGGUUAUGUUAUGUUGAUAGUGCGUCGGUUGUAAUCUAGGUAUAAUGCAAUGAUGCAUAGAUGACUGAUAACAUUUUGGGCGACAAAUGAGUUGGUUCAUUUUGUCUUUGUUAUGGUGAAUACUAAUUGCACUUCUUGUGCAACUUUGUAAGGAGAAUUUGUCCAAGCCUGACAAUCUGUAAUUACCCAACCUAUUUUCUCUAAUGCUUCUUCUCUUUUCACUUUUGCAA